AUGUAUAACGAAGCUGUAGCAAAUAAUAAUACCCAUUGUCCAGUCUGUCUUGAAGAAUUUACAAAAGAAGAAAUCAUUGUAAAGACUAAAUGUAAUCAUUACUUCCAUUGGGAUUGUAUAUCAAAAUAUUUUGAAGAAGGAAGGGGAAACUUUGGUAAAUGUCCAAUAUGUCGUGGAGAACUUGAUUUAGAUGAUAACGAAGACGCUGUUGAGUUGAACAAUAAACUAAAAAUUGUUGAUCUUGAAUUUAAAGAGAGAUAUGCUUUUAGACAAGUUUAA